AAACAAACAACUCUCUCUCUAACCAAAACGUUGAACGCAACCAAACGCUACAAUGACGACGGAAAAAGAGUGCGAGUUCGACUACCGCAAAUAUGCGAAGGCGGCAACGAGCCGCAUAGUGUACGGAUUUCUAGUCCUGGUCGCUAUAGUUGCGUUUGUGAUUUUCUUGGUGUGUGCUAUACUUCACCCGCACAAACCGAGUUUUAUCCUACAAGACGUUACCAUUUACCAGUUCAACAUCUCACAGCCUAAUUUACUCAGUUCAAAUCUCCAAGUCACUCUAUCUUCUCGCAACCCAAACGACAAGAUCGGAGUUUUCUAUGACCGCCUCGACAUCUAUGCCUCUUACCGCAACCAAGAGGUGACUUUGGCGAAUCUAUUGCCGGAAACGUAUCAAGGACAUCUGGAAGUGACAGUGUGGUCGCCGGUUCUGAUUGGAUCCGCCGUGCCAGUGGAGCCUUACCUGUCUCCAGCACUGAACGAGGACAUAAACGCCGGGAUGGUACUUCUAAACAUCAAGAUCGACGGUUGCGUUAAGUGGAAAGUGGGCUCGUGGGUAUCUGGAUGUUAUCGGCUCCUCGUUAACUGUCCGGCCUUCAUUCCCUUCUCCGGCCAGUUAGUUGGCGGCGGUCCGGCGAUCAAGGACCAGCUUGCUCAGCAAUGUGCUGUUGACGUAUGAGAAAGGACGAGGAAUAAUUUUUUUAGACGAAUAAAGGAGAUAAAG